CGAAAUAGGUUUCGACGGAAAGAGACGAAGUUCACAUCUGUGUCAUCGAUAUCUUUGUAUAUCGUAGCGUUGGAAGCUGAAAAGUAAUAUUGCUAAAUAGACAUGGAUUCCUUAGAGGCAGAGUUAAUUCACAAUGAAAAGGAAAUAAAUUUAGUUGAUUUGAAGUCUGCUAACCAAAUAAGAAACAAAACUCUCCGUCGAGCACAGGUUCUAAAAGACAAACGCCUGAAGAGUAAGCUAAAAAAGGAAGAACGGAAAAAGAAAAAUGAUUCAGGAACACAAAAGAAUGUUCCAAAAACUAUUGACAGUAUGCGAGAGAAGGAUCACACAAUGUUAGUAUAUAUGGAUGAGGAAGAUCAAUUGGAACUGAACUUGGAACUGGACAGAGAUGAGUUAAGCAGCUACUUCCAGAAGACAUAUGAGCCCAAAGUUCUUAUUACAUUUUCUGAUAACCCACACCAGAAAUGUCGCAUAUUUGGACGCGAGCUUACUCGUAUCAUCCCAAACUCUGUCUCUCUUUACCGGAGUAGAUCAGGUGUCAAGAAAAUGGUGCAGAGUGCUAUUGGUAAAGGUUUUACUGAUAUUAUUGUCAUCAAUGAGGACAGGUGCCAGCCAAAUGGUUUGUUAGUUAUUCAUUUACCAGAAGGGCCUACAGCUCAUUUUCGUCUGAGUAAUGUAAAACUGACGCCUGAGUUGAAGCGAAAUUACAAGGAAAUCUCAGAGCAUCGUCCAGAAGUGAUCCUCAACAAUUUCAAUACCCACCUAGGUAACACGGUGUCCCGGAUGCUAGCGGCACUUUUCCAUUAUGAACCAGAAUUCAAGGGCCGUCGUGCCGUAACAUUCCAUAAUCAGAGAGACUACAUCUUCUUCAGACACCACAGGUAUGAAUUCACCUCUAAUGGAAAAGCAAAACUGCGAGAGUUAGGGCCACGGUUCACACUGAAGUUGAGAUCACUGCAACAUGGAACGUUUGAUUCAAAAACUGGUGAUUAUGAGUGGAUCAUUACUGACAAACGUCACGAUCUGGAGACAAGCAGACGCAGAUUUUAUUUGUGAUUUCCAAAUUUUUAUCUUGUGCACUAUCACUGUUAAUUUAAUAAAGUUUCAGUGUUAAUAUAGCCAUGAUGGCAUGAUAUCUGAAGGAUGUCAGGCAUAGUAUUGUUUUUUAAUUGAAAGAAAGAUGGCAGCAGUCACCAUUUGACUAGGACUGGUUGACUUUGCCCUCAGCCAUAUGCAACAUUUACUGUGGCUUCCAAUACUAAAUUCCAUUAAAAUCCAAUUACUUGUUACUGAAUGGAUAUCACAUCCCCAUUAUUUGUUAAUUUCAUGCAUUUUGUGUGAUGAGGUCAUAGAAAGUACAAAUGUGUGCUGUAUGAUGCUUGUACCAAAUCUAAUGAACAUUUGUCAAUUCAUUUGUUAUUAGUGGUAACAGUCAUGAAUGAUACAGUCAUCUAGAAGAAUUGAAUUUGCUCCCCGAGUCAGUUGCAUUCCGUCACGUCUCACAUAUAUGACUUUGUGUACAGUAAAUCCUAGUAUGGGUCA